AUGGAGAAGCUCAAGAGCCUGGGGUUCGAUACAUCCUGUUUCCUCACGACCAUCACCAGUGGGGAGCUCACACAUCAACACCUUCAGAAGAGAAACGACCCAUGGUUUGCAGCCCUUGGAAGGAAGUGUAUCCAUAUCACUUGGGGCGAUCGAGGAGCAAUCUCUCUGGAGGGCCUUGGUUUGCAAGUUGUGAACAAUGUUGAUGAUGCAGAGUUUAUAUUAGCCCACGGCACUCUGGCAGCUAAAUAUGAGAGUCUUGGUGGUGAAGUGAAAUGGAUGGGGAAGCCUGAUAAGGUGAUCUAUACAUCAGCGAUGUCCCUAGCAGGUGUUGAUGCUCAUGAAUGUAUCAUGGUGGGUGAUUCACUGCACCACGACAUCAAAGGAGCAAAUGCGCCAGGAAUCGCAUCUGCGUUCAUUACUGGAGGGAUUCAUUCAGAUGAACUUGGACUCGUUGAAACUGCUGGGGAGGAUGCCAUCAAUUCACUGUGCAGCAAGCAUGGAUCAUAUCCUUCUUAUGUUUUGCCUUCAUUCACGUGGUAG